AUGCUUCGCCGGCGGCAGGCCGACAAGCCCGUGGCACGCCGCUUCCGACCACAGUGGUGCCUACCAAGGAGAGCGCCGUCACCCGCCGUGCCUUGGAUCAGUCGAGCCGAUACGCAGACUUGUCCCUCGAUGAGGCCACUCUGGUCAAGA